CAGGAAGACCGAGAGGCGUUCCGGCGCCUCCUCGCGUCGGCGGGGUCCACCAGCGCACCGGCCGCGGGCCCGUCUCCCAUCACCUUGACUAAGAUGGGCCCGCAGGACGACCCCGAGGCAUUCAUCGCGUUGUUCGAACAGGUCGCCGAAGCCUCGGGGUGGCCGAUGGAGCAGCGCGCGGCGCGCCUCCUCCCCCUCCUGACAGGAGAGGCGCAGUUAGCCGCACUACAGCUCCCCGCCGACCACCGGCUGGCCUACGCCGACCUUCGCCGGGCUGUCCUCCAGCGCGUGGGGCGCACGCUGGAGCAGGAAGUCGCAGCCCAUUCGCGUUCGGCCAGCAGCUCCGGGACGCCUGCUGGCGGUGACUGAAGUUCAAGUUCAAAUUAUUUUCUGGUGUUUCAUGUGUUUACUAGUAGCCCUGUUUGCCUGUAAAUGUGGUGUAGAGUGUAGUUGCUCAUGUUAGCCAGCAGGUGGUAGUAAUGUCACUGUUUCUGAUUGUUGCUCAGACUGCAGCGUGGUGAUUAUUAUUUUUUUAAAGAAACCUUUAUUUGUCUCAUGCACAGUCAAGCACAGUGAGAUUCAUCCUCUGCAUUUAACCCAUCUGAAGCAGUGAACACACUCUCACACACCCAGAGCAGUGGGCAUCUACACUACAGCGCCCGGGGAACAGUGAGGGGUUAGGGGCCUUGCUCAAGGGCACUUCAGCCUAAGGCUGCCCCACAUUAACCUAACUGCAUGUCUUUGGACUGUGGGGGAAACCGGAGCACCCAGAGGAAACCCACACGGACACGGGGAGAACAUGCAAACUCUGCACAGAAAGACCCUCGCCGGCCACAGGGCUCGAACCCAGAACCUUCUUGCUGUGAAGCGACAGUGCUAACCACUACACCACCAUUUCCUGUUAGUAAUUGCAAGCUCCCGCCUCUGUGAAUACACAGUAAAGAGCAACACCAGUAAACUUGUUUAAUACCAUAUUUUCCAGGUGAGCUACUCAAAUUAAUACUGUAGGGUUAAAUCUGUUCCUAUCCUCCUGUUCUGCCUGAGCUCAAGCUAAAGUACGCCGAGCUCCACCCAUUGGGAAACUCAUACCAUUACCCACACUAGUGUUGCUUUCGUCAAUGAAAAUUUUGACUAAAUAUUGUCGUCAACGAACCUUUAUCAUGUGACAAAAACGAGACGAGACUAGACGUAAAUGUUGGUCUUGUGACGAUAACUAUAAUUAAAUAUAUAAUGCAAUAUAGAUGACGAAUAAAAAUGAGACGAAAUGUGGCUUAAGAAAUAAAAACGUUGCUAAAAUGUCUCUUAGUUUUUGUUUACAAAAAUGAAAUGAGAUGUUAUUUCAUCUCUUUUAGGCGCGUUAUUAUUUUUUGCUGUAGGCGUGCUUGUGUAGUUAGGGACUGCAGACACAGGUUUACUCAUCCCCCUCACAGCAUUAUUUAAAACUAUGCAGAGAUGGCCAUCCAGCCGGGGAUCUUUGGACGAAAGAGAAGACAUUUGGGCAAACUUUCUGUACAAUGAAGUGGAGAACAAGACCGAAUGUGUGGUAGACAAAGACGGGCAGAAAUGCGGUCACAAAAUCUCUGGAAAAAACACUACGAAUUUAAAAAGACAUCUAAAGCAUUCCACAAUGAAAUUCAGAUUCCAGAAAGGACAUCAAUGAAACAUGUCCAGCCCAAGAAGAUUGACAAACCAACUAGUGCUCAAGAUUUCUUUGCCACAAGGAGAUACAGCGACAACUCUCCAGAGCAACAUACCAAGGAAGAAGGGAUAGCGCAGUGGAUAGGCCGCACAGGACUCCCAGCACGAAUUGUUGAAGAUGAGGAGUUUGUCACUAUGAUGACAAAAAUGGACAAAAAGUUCAAAGUGCCAAAAAGACAUAAAAUUUUAAACUUGAUCAAAAAAAUGUACAAAGAAGAGAAAGACAAAAUCAAACAAAACCUUGCCACAGCACGCAGAAUAACUAUAGGGUUGGAUAUUUGGACCAAAAAGGGACUUACCGCAUCCUUUCUGGGAGUGAGCACCUGUUACUUCAACCCUGAGAACAACAAAGCUGAACACAAACUCCUGAACCUGAAGGAGAUGGUUCAUCCUCACACUGCAGAGUCGAUUAGUACACUUGUAGAGGAGUCAAUGGAAGAGUGGGGGCUACCCAGAGAGAAGGUCCUCACAACAAUCACUGACAAUGGCAGCAACAUGGUGGCUUCAUUCCACACACAUGCAGAAGUUGCCACAACUUCUGAAGGGGACUCAGAUGCAGAGCCCGACAAUGCCAGUGAUGACGGUGAGCAGCAAGAAGGGGAGGAUUACAGAUAUGAUUAUGGAGCCAUAGAGAGGACCCCGUGUGUAGUUCACACGAUUCAGCUGGUUGUGAACAUGGUCCAGAAGGAACCCCAAUCCGAAGGCUGUUGGAGAAAGUGAGGCACUUGGUGAACAAGUUCAGGAAGUCCUCUGUCGCCACAGAGCAACUGCUGCAGAAGUGUGCACUCGUUCUGAUAAAAGAUUGCCCCACCAGGUGGUCAAGUUGCUUUGCUAUGAUUUCACGCUGCCUUGAAGUCAAGGAACAUGUUUCAGCUGUGGCUGAGUCCAUGGGCUGGGACAGCCUGCAGCCCAGUGAGUGGCAGAAGAUUGGGAUGCUGAGAGACCUUCUUCUUCCAUUUGCGGAGCACACCAAGUCACUUGAAAGUGACACUCAAUCACGUUCCCUUGUUGUACCAGCACUCAUGGAUCUCAAAAACCACCUGUCAGAGUUCUUGCUUGAUCAUGGAAGAACCUACAAAGAUGCUGCUACUCUGGCUCAUAAGAUGCUUUCUAGCAUUGACAGGCGCUUUAGUGUGUUUCUUGACAUAGCAGCUGACAACUUCUCACCACUGCUGCAGCUUGCCUUGUGGACCCUUGUGUAGCUGAAACCCUUCUGGAAAAUGAUGACAACGAAGUACAGAAUCUUGUCAGAAAGGCAGAGGACUACAUAGCUCAUCUUGUGCCACAGAGACUGCAAGUCCAAGAAGAGCAGUUGACCGAUGAUGAGCAAGAUACCAAUGAGAGUGCAGAGGCGCCAGGGGCAACCCCUGCAAAAUGGCGCAGAUUUAAGUUCUUCAGUGCCAGUCGUCCAUCGAGGCCCAAGACAGCCAAGACAACAAAUAUUAGACAGGAGAUUUUGAAAUAUAAAGAGGGACUGUCCGAGUUCCAUUAUGCUGCUGCUACUAGUGCUGAGGGUGAGGAAUCUGGCAUCAAGUAUUGGUUAACUCAGUGUUCUACUUCAUUUCCAACACUGAAACCUCUGGCCUUGGACCUCCUGGCGAUGCCAGCCUCUCAGGUAUUUACAAAGAGGGUCUUUAGACUCAUUCCCUUGCCUGGUCUCCGCACAGUCCUGGAAACAGCAGCGCUCAUAUUUAGCCAUGUCUUCAGGUACUACAGGAUUCCUGAGGAUAUUGUGAGCGACCAGGGACCCAAAAUUUCAUCAUGAUUAGCUUGAUGAACAAGCUUGGAGUAUUGGUUUGUCUGACCUUGGGACACCACCUGCAGUCUAAGGGACAAGUCGAACAUGCGAAUCAGGAGAUCGGAUGCUUCUUGAGGGUGUUCUGCCUAGAAAACACCAAGGACUGGGCCCAGUUCCUCCCAUGGGCAGAAUAUGGGCAGAACUCCCUUACACACUCAGCCACUCAGCUCACGCUGUUCCAAUGUGUCAUAGCGUACCAACCACCACUGUUCCUGUGGGAUUACUCACCUACUCACGUCCUGGCAGUCGACGCUUGGUUCAAGAGGGGUUAGCAAGUUUGAGAGAGCAUUCACCAAUGUCUGGAACACAUGGCUAGCAAAUACAAAGAGUAUGCUGAGAAGCACAGAGGUGAAAAUCCUGUAGAUGCACCACGGGACGGAGUGUAGGUAUCGAUGAGGGAUCUGCAGAAAACUCAGUGCCAGGUACAUUGGUCCUUUCAGAAUCCUUCACCAGGUCAACAACGUCUUGUACAGACUAGAGCUACCUCCACACUGCCAUCUUUCACGCAUGUUUCAUGUCUCAAACUUGCCAUCCCAGGACCAUUGGCUGAAAACACACCAGCCCAGGAACACCCAGCACCAGUUGAAUUAAACAUAUUUACUGACGGGCGGCAUGGU